AUGUUGUCACAACAGACACUUGAUAAUGACGAUGAAGACCAACAUGAUGAUGGUAAUGAGGUCGAAGACUUGAAAGCCAAUCAUAAUCACAAUCUUUAUGCUUAUGACGAUGAUAAUGACGAUGAUGGACCAUCCCAAACGAUACUUCACACUCCACAACAACAUCAACAACAGGAUGACACAUCUAGACUUCAUCUGUUGAGUCCAGAGUCACAACAGGACUCACUGUUAUUGGGUCCCAACAAGCACUUGAAACAACAUCAGACACCGCCAUUGUCACCUCCAAUGCAUUCACAUCGUAUCGUGUUGCCAACGGCACAGCAAGAGAUGCGUGAACUACUAUCACCUCCACCCAAGAAGUCGUCCAAACUAGUCUCAAGCUCAGGCUCAAGUUCAAGUCCCAACGUUGCUGCGAGUGGUGAUGACAAUGAUGAACUUAUGGGCAUAUUCUCAAUGCAAGGAUAUACGUUCAGUCUACAACGAGAGAUACUAUACUGGCUGCUGGUGGUGAUGUCGUGCGGUGUCAUCUUCUUGGCCUUCCAUUGGUUCACUCUAUUGGAGAUCAAUCUGCGGCGACGCAGGACUCCCACACUUCGCAACGCCAGCACAGUACUCGUCUAUGGCCUCGACAUGAGGUUUGAGAUCUGUCCUGUACACGUGGGCAACAUCUCGGACUCAAGGAUGGACCGAUUCAUCGUCUUUAGGUUCUCGAAAUACUUUUACAAGGCAGACCUGGACUCGUUUGAACGACCGAGGAUCAAGUCAAAGUACAAGUCAUCGGAUUUGUACAAGUUCAUCGAUCAUGGUAUGACUCGCGAGCGACACGACUCAAUGCUGCUCAAGUUUGGUCGCAAUGUGAUCGAGUUCCCCAUUCGCAGCAUACCAAGACUGUUGCUCGAGGAGGUGCUGCACCCAUUCUUCAUCUUCCAGAUAUACAGCGUCAUCUUGUGGAUGUGCGAGGAGUACUAUUACUACGCCGUGGCCAUCUUUAUCAUUGCCACGAUCAGCUCGGUGCUCAGUCUGAAGGAGAUUAGGACAAAUUUGCUGUCGCUCAAGCACAUGUCGACGUACUCGUGCCAGGUGCAAGUGCUGCGCGAUGGCAACUUUGACUGGAUCUCGUCCAAUGACCUGGUGCCCGGCGACAUUGUCAACGUGCAGCAGGACACCAUCCUGCCGUGCGACAUGGCGCUGCUCGUGGGCCAGGUCAUCUGCAAUGAAUCGAUGCUCACAGGCGAGUCGGUGCCCGUCACCAAGCACCCACUCUUCACGCGCGAGCAGAUUGCCCAGCGCUCGGACGACUCUAUUGUCGACAUCAACCAGGCACGCAGCUCACUGUUUGGUGGCACACUGCCCGUCAAGACCAUUCCUCACUCACAGUCGGGUCGCGUGCUGGCCAUGGUGCGCGAGAUUGGCUUCCAGACGAGCAAGGGCAAGCUGAUCCUAUCGAUCCUCUUCCCCAAGAAGUCGCACUUCCGCUUCACACAAGAGUCGUUCAAGUUCAUUGGCGUGCUCUGCUGCAUCGCGCUGGUCGGCUUCUCAUUGACGGUGUGGCGUCUCAAGGCAUUGGGCGAGGAUUCCAAGACCAUUGUCCUACGCGCAAUGGAUUUGAUCACAAUCGUCAUACCACCGGCGCUGCCUCUGGCCAUGAGUGUUGGCACUGGCUUUGCAUUGGUGCGUCUAAAGAAACGCGGUAUCUUUUGUAUCUCGCCGCCACGUCUCAACAUGGCGGGCAAGAUCCAAGUGUUUUGUUUCGACAAGACAGGCACAAUCACAGAGGAUGGCUUGGACUUUUAUGGUGUGUUGGCUCCAUCUCGUGAACAAAGCGACAGGAACAAGUUUGGCGAGUUCAUCACAUCAUCGUCAAUGGCAUCAUUCAAUGAUCGUAUCUUCAAGAUGAUCAUGGCAUCGUGUCACUCAUUGUCCACAAUCAACAACAUGGUGUCUGGCGACCCAUUGGAGUUGAAGAUCUUCCAGGCCACCGCAGCCGAUCUCAACGAGGAAACAGCGAGUAACACAUCGAUAUCCUACGCUGGCACAGAGUUACUGGACAGUGAGCACAUUGAAUACGUAGAGCGAUUCGACUUCCAGUCAAGUCUACAGCGCAUGAGUGUCAUUGUCACGACAUCACAGGGCGAGCACUACUCAUUCGUCAAGGGCGCACCCGAGAUGAUCAAGAAGCUUGCGCUGGCCAGCUCGCUGCCCGCUGACUAUGAUCACAGACUGCACGAGUAUACUGAGCGAGGCUACCGUGUGCUGGCCUGCGCCUACAAGCAAUGGGAGCACGGGGUGAGCGCCAGUACCAAUCGGGAUCUCAUGCGCCAGAUGGCUGAGGACCAGCUGAUCUUUGUCGGCUUCAUCGUCAUGGAGAACAAGAUGAAGCCUGAGUCCAAGGGCAUCAUAGCGACGCUGCAGCGCGCCAACAUCAAGACGAUCAUGGUCACAGGCGACAACCCGCUGACCGCGGUCAGUGUGUCCCGCCAGAGUGGUAUCCUACACGAGGACGCCAUUCUGUUCACCCCCGAGAUGUCCGAUCGCGAGUGUCUCGAUACGAUGGUUUGGCGCAAUAUCUCAGCCAGCGAGCAGGAUAGACGCUACCAGCUCGACCCCUAUACACUGCAGCUUGAGGGCGACGAUGAUCGCCGCCCUCAAUCAUACUCAUUGGUGAUCACUGGCACUUUUUUCAAGCGACUGCACAACACCUAUCUUCAGACUGGCUCGCUCAAGUUCCUGCAGAUGCUUCGUCGCGGCAUGGUCUAUGCGCGAAUGUCACCCGAUGACAAACAAACUUUGGUCGAGGAACUACAGCGCAUUGGUCUCUACGUGGGCAUGUGUGGCGAUGGCGCCAACGACUGUGGCGCGCUCAAGUCUGCGCAUGUGGGCAUCUCGCUGUCCGAGACCGAGGCGUCAAUCGCCGCCCCAUUCACAUCGACGAUCAACAACAUCUCGUGCUGCCCAACCCUUAUCAAAGAGGGCCGCGCGUCUCUUGCCGUCUCAUUCAAGUUGUUCCAGUUCAUGGGCAUGUACUCACUGAUUCAGUUCACGACAGUCAUCUUCCUCUACUUCAAGGGCAGUGUGCUGGGAAACUGGAUGUACCUCUACCAAGACCUCUGGGUGAUCUUCCCAUUGGUCAUCUUCAUGGGUAUGACGCAGCCCUCUGACACGCUGUCGGUCAAGCGACCGUCGGGUCGUCUGAUCUCUGGUGCUGUUGUUGGCUCCCUCAUUGUACAUAUCCUCCUGUGUCUGGCGUUCCAAGCCAUGAUCUUCCUGACCGUUCAGCACCAGCCAUGGUACAACGAACAACGUAUCGAUCCCCAAAACAUCGUCACCUACGUCACCACCUCCCUAUUCACCUAUGGCAACUUCCAGUACCUCAUCAUCGCUCUCGCUCUAUCCUUUGGCAAGCCAUUCCUCAAGCCACUCUAUACCAACAGACUACUGUUUAUUGUUUACUUGGUCACACUUGGAACAUCAUUGUUGAUAUUGUUCGCACCGAGUGAGCGAGUUUGGAAGGUGGCACAACUACUUGUGUUGCCAGUAUCAUGGCGAUUUGUAAUGAUUGGCUCCAUCAUUGCCAACCUAUGUGUCAAUCUAAUAGCAGAGUUUGGAUUCUAUUAUUACAAACAACGAUCAAAGAAGAGGAAACAAACACAUUAUGAUCAAAUAUUUACAAAAGAAGCACCAAAGGAUCUUAGGAUUGCAGAAGAAGCAAUUAGAUUGUUGCCAAUGAAUAAAUGA